AUGGCUCAAGAGAAUGAUAGUCAAGAUGAUUUUCAAGAGAAUGAUAGCCAAGGUGAUUUCCAAGAGAAUGAUAGCCAAGCAUUUUGUAGCCUGAUUGAAGAAGAUAAAGAGUUUGAAAAUGAGAUAAAUAUAACUGACUUUAUAUUAGAAAAACCAAAGCUUUCAGAAAGUCUUGAAAAUAAAUUUAGCCUAUAUUUUGUGAACUUUACUGAAAUGUCUUUUUUUAUUUGGGUAAUGAAACAUUCUAUUACAACCAUGGCUUAUCAGGAACUUGUAAAAAUUAUAUUACAUGAUCAGUUUGUUUCUUCUGAAAUGCCACAAAAUAUAUACACAUUAAGACAAUAUUGA